AACGUGCACGCUUUGCAACACUGUUGAACAGCUGAUUUAAAAUGUCAAAACGUUCGCCGUGUGAAAUUUGUAAAUUUUCAUAGGGAUUUGGGAAAAACCUGCGGAAAAGCCACAACAACUAACAAAAAUGCCUAACAAUUCGCAUGACUUAAGAAAACAUUUAAUUCAAUGCAAGUGACAAAAAUCAUACAAAAGCAAAAAACACAAAGCACGCAACGACAACAAUAAAAUAAUAAACGUCUGGCAACAGACGGCGGCGCCUCAACUACAAGUGCAACAACAAUAAUAGCAACAUGAAACUGCUGGGCAAGUACGUGGACAAGGGCAUGCAGGGCAAUGUGACCCUCAUGCCCGAGGAGUCGGAGGACAUGUGGCAUGCGUACAAUCUAAUCGCUGAAGGAGACAGCGUACGCAGCACAACCAUACGCAAGGUACAAAACGAGACAGCCACUGGUUCAUCCACGAGCAGCCGCGUCCGCACCACACUCACGAUUGCCGUGGAGAGUAUUGACUUUGAUACCCAAGCGUGUGUGUUGCGUUUGAAGGGACGCAACAUUGAGGAGAAUCAGUAUGUCAAAAUGGGUGCGUAUCAUACGCUCGAUCUGGAGCUGAAUCGCAAGUUCGAGUUGCGCAAUUACAGUUUAAUCAAGCAGAAAGAUCAAGAGCACGAUCCUAGAUGCCAAGACGUAAAUCUCAGGAAAGAAUAUGUUAACUUGGUUGAAUCGGUUCGCGAUGCUGGCGGUGAGGUUAAAAUAUUCUCCAGCAUGCAUAUAUCGGGAGAACAACUCGCUCAACUGACCGGCAUUGCGGCUCUUCUGCGUUUUCCGAUGCCCGAACUCGAGGAUAGCGACGAUGAUGAUGAUGAGGAUGGAGCGGCGGGCGGCGACAACAGCGAUAGCGAUUAAGAAUCCAAUCCGAAGCAACCCUAAAGAACCCCUUAGCAUUUUGAAAACAAAACUACUUAUUUGAAUUAAGAACAAAAGCGUCGAACUGGAGACUUAGUUUAAAACAUAAUAAUACACAAUAUAUAUACAUAAAAUCAUACAAACCUAUAUAAAUAUAUAUAUACAUAGAAUAAUAGGUACUAUGACAGACUUGGACUGUAUCAGGGCAUAUACAAUAUAUGACUACUUUAUACAAUAUCUAGGUUUAUUCAAUGAUUCACGAAAGGCGACAUGAGUUAGUUAAAAUUAUGAAAAAAAAAAACAAAACGAAAUGAAAUAGAAAUCAACUAGGUCGUUAAUUCAAGUGUAUAAACAAAUCUAUUUUUUAGCUAAAAAACAGUUAACUCUUCUUUAAAAAAAAACUAAAACAAAUCUAUUAUAAGAACAGUCAGUGUUCAGUGCUUGCUAUUUACCUAAAACUCUUUUGAUAUUAUUGUCAUUUUUUUUUACCAAAUGUGUAUAUCAAUUGUUACUUUUUAACUGUACUCUUUUUGUUGUUAAUACUUAAAAUAUUUUGCUUUUUCUUUUAUAAAUUUCAUGUGUUCAUUCACAAACUAAAACUCAACUUUAUUAAUACGAAAUUUUAAUUGUUCGAAAUUUGAUUAUAAGCUUCACAAAUAAACGGAAAUAACUGUGCAA